GUGUAACGGCAUUGCGGACGGACAGCUGACCAUGAAUGCUGCCAGCUCAGCACCUUUGCACCUAAACCAGCCCCUCCUCCAAACGUCAUAGAGGUGUGACACGCCCCCAAGACACUCUCAAGAUGGCCUCGCGUUACGGCUCACCUUUGGCGCUUGCACUCAUACUAUUAGCAGGUGCAGUAUGUCAGGGCUCCGAUCUACCAUACGACCCUCUUCCCUACGAGAUCUACUGGAACGUGGCCGACUCAGACCCACCGGGGAUCGACAUCUCCGACUACAACAUCUUCCCUGCCAACUACACCCAGACCGGGAACAGUUGCUCGAACCCGGGCUGCAGCUCCUGGACCCAGGGGGUCUUUCCCACCAUCUCCUCCACUGGACACACGGUGAACGGAGGAGUCCCUCAGAGAGCCAAUCUCUCCGAGCACCUCUGGACACUGGCUCGCGACGUGACUCACUGGAUUCCCGACCCUGACUGGGCAGGCAAUGCAGUGCUUGACUUCGAGUCCUGGACAACGGUCUGGGAGCUCAACACAGGCGGCGAUGGCGAAGACUGGCACAGUCGCAGGUACCUAGAAUAUUCUCUGGAGCUGGAGAAAGAAAAGUAUCCAGACUGGGACACUGAAGAACUCUAUCUGCUGGCAAGAAAAAACUUCAACAUCAGUGCUCUUGACUUCUUUGCUGAAACACUCAGAACACUCGCCACCCUUAGACCAAAGGCCAAGUGGGGAUUUUAUGGCCUGCCAAUGAACUUCAAUGGGCCCUGUGACGGUAAUGGAACGUCCAUGGUGUGUGGAUAUGACUCUGGAGUUGGAAAACUCUACCGGCAGUUCAGUGAUGAGCAGAACUUGGUCUGGGAAUCAAGUACCGCUCUCUAUCCCAGCAUAUACUUGCCUCCUGGAAGAACUGUGGAUGAAAACGCAGCCUACGUCCACUCAGUGAUAAAGGAGACAGUCAGGAAAGCUGAAGACAGGAUCCCAGUAUAUGGCUUCCACUGGAACUACUAUCAUGGCGGUAAAUCGCUGCUGAACAUGGACGACCUCAAGUCAGGGCUGGUGGGGCCGUAUGACGCUGGAGCUAAGGGAGUGGUCAUCUGGGGCAGCAGCAGCGAACGUGCUCUCCCCGAGUUUCUUGAUUAUGUGAGGGAUCAUAUGGGACCACUGGCCAGAAACUUUACUGAGCAGAUGUGCAAGUGCAGUCAAACCUACUGUCACGGUCACGGACGCUGCAUGCCAAGCUCCAGCACCAACUGCCAAUGCUACCCAGGAUACUCUGGUCCUAGCUGUGAGAAAGCUGACCCCAAGAGACUACAUGUGAACAGUAACUGACAUCUACACACUCACAUGGUCAACAUAGGUCAUAAAACAGAGUGGUGUAUGUACAAAUUACAACUAUGACGAAUGCAUAAACGUUAGCGAGCAAAGCGAUCCCACACAAGCUUACCUAUAGUACUGAAUUGUUGCCACAUGCGUGAACAUCACGUAAGCUACAAUUAUGACUUUGUUGCAUUCACUCACCCAAAAAAAAUCCAUAGCAAAGAUUGGUGAAAAACACUAAUGUGCAACCAUAGAACUGUAAAAAUCUUUCAUUCCACAAAUUAUAAAAAUGAAUAUCUUGUUCAUGUGUAUACAUGUCCGUUGUAGUAUGUAUGUACGUUGUGUGUCGCAGCAUUGAGUUAGAGAUUUGUCAUCUGGUGUGGCUAGUAGUGGCUGGGGACAGUUUCGAGAGCCUCGUCAUCUGAGCGACACAAACUUGAGGUCUAUGAGCAAAGAGAUUUCUUGUCACAGUACAGGUGUGAAGCAUGAGGACAUGUCAAGGUAGACAGCGUACAGACAAAAUAGAAUGCUGUUGAAGUAUGUACAUUAACCUGUAGUUCAAUUUUAACACUUAACCAGCCAUGGUGACAUACAUGUGUCCAGAGCCUCCACAUGUCCAUUAUGGGGGUU